AAGGCAGGAAGUAGAACUCACCAGAAGCUCCUCGAUGAUGCUCCGUCCGUUCCGUUACUAACAACCGAAUCAUUGAAUACAAAAUAACACACCGCCGUUGUCCACGCAGAUGUAGAACAAGAAGGUAGAAGAAGUUUGUGGAAGAAUGAAGAUCAACAAUGCCAGCAAUUACCCAUUACAGAAACCAGUAGAACAUCCCCGAAACUCCUCAUCACCAAUCCAUUUCUUCCUCUAUAAAACUCCACCAUCCCCUUUAAGUCCCACACCAACACAAAGGUUUCAAUCAAAUUACUCAUUUCAGACAUUUCAUCAAACACAUACAGCGCAUCCCACAAUCUCUCACACAUUUCAUCGAACACAAAGCGCGCAUCAAUCCAUACUCUGCCCAUCAAUCAAAACCAACCCAAAAUGUCUCUGAUUCCAAGUCUGUUUGGCACCAGGAGCGUCUUCGACCCCUUCUUGUCCGACAUCUGGGCACAGACCGGCGCCGGCGAAGUGUCGUCAUUCGCCAACACACAGGUCGAUUGGAAGGAGACGCCAGAGGCUCACAUUUUCAAGGCCGAUCUGCCGGGGCUAAAGAAGGAGGAGGUGAAAGUGGAGGUGGAGGAUGGCGGCAUACUUCAGAUCAGUGGCGAGAGGGCGGUUGAGAAGGAGGAGAAGAAUGAAAAGUGGCACCGUGUUGAGAGGGGGAAAGGGAAGUUCACGAGGAAAUUCAGGCUGCCGCAGAAUGCUAAAGUGGAUGAGGUGAAGGCUGCGAUGGAGAAUGGGGUUCUGACGGUUACUAUUCCGAAAGUGCCGGAGAAGAAGCCGGCGACCAAAUCGAUUGAAAUCGCGGGUUGAAGUGAAUUCGAUAACUGAUGGGUGUUGUUUGUUUGGUUCGUGUGUAAUGAAUGGAGUUGAGUUGAAUAAAUAUGUGAUCAAAUUUCGUUAACCAAUGUCUUAAUAUGAAGUGUCAAUGUUGAUUUAAUAUCUCUAAUUUACUACUACUUUUGUUCA